AUGGAUGCAAACACGCCAACUGAGAACAGAUGGAGACGCUGGGCCCGACAAGCUGGUUGCUGCCUUGGUGAUGACAACCAAACGCAAGAGCCCAACAAGCCAAUUCCUCUUGUAACCGUCGCCGAUGCGCAAAACAUGCCCGGAAUCCCUGCAACCUCGACGAGCAGCACUGGUUAUGCCAACCCGCUCCCGACUUCUCCUUCGCCCCCCGAGAGGGCGACUACGAUAUACAGUAACACUACACAAGGGAACACGACACAAGUAGAUGGCGAAUCACCCCCGAUCGCAAGCCGUAUUAAUUCGGGGACUUCAGGCGCCAUGGCAAUUGAGGGCUCUGAUGCAGGUCCUGAAGAUGCGACCGUGCUUGGGUCCCCAGGGCCCAACAAGAUAGACUUAUGGGGCAAGGCCUUAGGUCAGAUUCAGCAGUCACAGGAUAAAGAAAGUGCCGAGAUGGCGGAGAAAUUUGUGCAGACUUUAAACGGCCGGGUUCAGUCAGAUCCGUCGGGGUCAGAUCCGUUCAAGUCGGCAAAGAAUAUCCAGAUACAAAUGCAAGAAUCGAUUGCGGGCAAGGAAGCAAAGACCGAAAGCGACGGAUGGAUCAUCACAAUUGGGCAGAAAGAAUAUCGCGUGCAGGAAUUCGUUGAAAAGACAACAGUGAUUCUGGAGAAAUUCGCCGGUACCGUCAGUAGAUUUAUGGGUAAUGUUGACGUGGCUGUUACCUAUAAUCCAGCCCAUGCAGCUCUGCCCUGGGCAGCUGUGCGACUGGCUCUCACGGUUGUAAUUGCGGCCCACGAAUUCAAGGGUAGAGUAGCUGUUGGCCUUGCCAAAGUCGCUGUCCUUAUCUCCCAGUGUCAGAUCUAUCAAAGGUUUUACGUGACUUCAGAUAUAUCAACAGAGUUGGACAGAAGGGAGGUCGACAGCCUCGAAGAGGCUAUCAUUACUGUCUACACACAAUCGCUUUUAUUUCUUGCCUUCGCGCAUAAGAAAAGCAAAAUGCGGGCGCUCAAUGCCUCCUGGAAACUUUCCGACCUGGACGGAUAUUUCGAAAACCUCAAGGACGCGGGCAACGACCUUGUUCAAGCUGCAGAUAACUGCCAAAAAGUGUUUGAAAAGCGGACUGGAGCCAAAGUUAUAGAAGUUGUUGAAUUGUUGAAAGACUUUGGGGCGACCAUCUACGAACAAAGAGAACUCAUUGUUGAUAUUGGCCAACGAGCGCUACUUUCCGAGUUGAAAUGUGCCGAUGGUGCUAAUUAUAACUCUGCGGAAGACCAAGCUGAGCCCAGAUGCCAUAAGAAGACAAGAAUCGAACUGCUUAAAGCUGUUGAAACGUGGAUGGAUACCUCCGAGGAGAAGCCAAUCUACUGGCUCCAGGGAAACGCAGGGACUGGCAAGUCUACCAUUUCACGCACCGUGGCCGAGAUUUAUGACGCCAAAAGCAAACUUGGUGCGAGCUUUUUCUUCAAAAGAGGCCGUGGCGAUCGGGCCAGUGGCGGUCGCUUCUUUACAACCAUCAGUUCACAACUCUGCCGUAAUCGCCCACGGUUUGCCCAAAGUGUCGCCAAAGCGAUUUCCGAGGACCGUAGUAUUGUCACGGCCAAUUACACAGACCAGCUCAAGAAGCUCAUCUUGGAGCCCAUCAAGGCAUUGGCCAGGGACCCGAAUAAUUGUGCGAGCAUCUUGAUCGUUGUUGAUGCCUUGGAUGAGUGCGAGGAAGAUACUCAUAUGCAGAUCAUGAUACAAUCAUUGGGCCAAAUAAAGAAGUUGAAAGAGUGUGGAGUUGACUUGAGACUUUUCAUUACUAGUAGACCGGAAGCUCACAUUCGGCGCGGAUUCCAGGAGAUUCUCGAUUGUCAAAAGGAAGUGGUUCUUCACGACAUAUCAGGCGAUGUGAUCCAACAAGACAUAACCAUCUACUUGAAAGACGAGCUAGCACAGAUCAGAAAUCGGCACAACAAGGCUAUAAGUCAAUUUGGGCAGCCGAUAGAAGAAGACUGGCCCGGGGACGAGCGUAUCAAGAGGUUGGCUCAGAUAGCGACACCAUUAUUUAUUUUCGCCGCAACCGUUUGCCGACUUCUGGAUUGUGACAACCCGCGCGAAGAGAUUGAUCGUAUUGUUUCUCCGGGACAAAAGCCACACGAUCAAACACUGGACGGGGCAUAUGAAGCGGCUCUCGGACGUAUUCUCAAAGGAAAAGAAAACAGCUCUACAGAGUGCAGAAUAGUAGGAAAUUUUCGCGUUGUUGUGGGCUCGAUAGUUCUUCUCGAAGAACCCCUGUCCGUAUCAGCUCUGGCACAGCUUCUGAGCACUUCGCCAGAGACCGUUUUGAGCAUGGUCACCUCCGUCAGCUCUGUUUUGAAUGUCCCGCGGGAUGAGAAGACUCCUGUCAAGACUUUUCACUUAUCCUUCAGUGAAUUCCUCGUCAACAAGCAAAGAAAUAAAAGUCCGAAAUUGCAGAUUGACAAAGAAGAGACACACAGAGACCUAGCGGACAAAUGUCUUAAACUCCUCUUGAAAUCUGGUAUCUUGAAGAAUGAUAUUUGCGAGCUAGGUAAGCUCGAUACACGGAAUCAAGAUGUAACACAAAACACAAUUGAUGACAAGCUACCACCACAAGUCCAAUACGCCUGCCGGUAUUGGGUACAUCAUACCAAGAAAGGAAACGUCAAACUCCACAAUAAACACCCUGCAUACGAGUUUCUGAAGAAGCAUUUUCUCCAUUGGCUUGAGGUACUAAGUCUAAUCGGAAGGGUAUCUGAGACCAUCGGUCUUAUACGAGAGCUCCAAGAACUUGUUGAUCUCAACAGUGGCGAAAAAGUGUCAGAGUUUCUACAUGAUGCCAACCGCUUUCUCCUUCACUCGUUUACGGCAAUUAGCCAGACCCCACUCCAACUUUACGCUUCGGCACUUCUUUUUGCUCCAACAAAUAGUAUAGUCAGGAAUUUUUUUGAAGAUGACAUCAGCUGGGUAAAACACAAACCAACUGUGGAAAAGGAUUGGAGUCCUUGCCUACAAACAAUGGACCACCAGUCCUGGGGCAGCUCGGUCUCGGUCUCUAGGAAUGGCAAGUUAAUAGCAUGCGGGAGCUACGGUGGAGGCGUCAAAGUUUGGGACGCGUCAACAGGCGUACUUCAAAAAACACUUGAGACUAAAGACAUGGUUGCGUCGGUCACGUUCUCCGGCAGCAAGUUGAUAACCGCAAGAUCACGCGACGGCACGAUCAGGAUCUGGAACACAGAAACGGGGCGUCUCCAGCAUACACUCCAAGGCAACAGUGACGACAAUCGCCCCGUCUCGAACGCGUUUUCCCUGGCAUCUUCAAAUUCCGGUCUAAUAGCUUCGUUAUCGUAUAAUGGGAUACUUGAAAUUUGGGAUGCAUCAACGGGGGAGCUUCGAAAAGCAUGGAAGGGCUAUGAAGGACCCGCGGUACUUUGUUUGUCAUUCCGGGUGGACGGCAAGUUGGUAGCAUCAGGCUCAAACGACCGCACGGUCAAGGUUUGGGACGCUGCAACGGGAGAACUUCAGCACACACUCACAGGCCACAAGGGCUGGGUCCGAUCAGUGGCUUUCUCAAGCGAUGGAAGCCUGCUUGCCUCAGCAUCAAAUGGUAGAAGCAUUCGAGUUUGGGACGCAAAAACGUGGCAACUUCAAGGCACGCUCCAAGGUCACGAUGACUAUGUUACCUCUGUCGCAUUCUCACACGACUGCAAAAUUCUGGCCUCAGGGUCAUAUGACAAUACCAUCAAAAUUUGGAACUUGGCGACAAAAACACUCCACCACACACUUGCGGGCCAUGGUGGCAUAAUCACAUCGAUGGCUUUUCCAGAAAAUAACAACUUAUUAGUAUCGGCAUCAGACGACAAGACUAUUAAGAUUCGGGAUAUCACUAAAGUCAAACCCCAAUCUGCCUUUGAAAGCCGUAAUAGGAGUAUCACAUCAGUAGCUUUCUUGGGUGAUGGCACUCUAGUAGCAUCUGUAUCAGACGAUAGAACAAUCAAAGUCUGGGAUGGAGCAAUCGGAUUGCUAAAAUAUACACUCAACGGCCACCAGAACUAUAUUGAUUCAGUGGUACUUUCAGCCGAUAGUAAGCUAAUAGCAUCUGCAUCGCACGAUGAAACAAUUAAAGUCUGGGAUGCCGAGAAUGGAUCGUUGAAAUGCACAAUGGAGGGCCACAACCGUCCAGCUACAACAGUAGCAUUCUCUGCCGACAACAACCUGAUUGCAUCUAUAUCACUGGACGAUGAAACAGUUAAAGUCUGGGAUGCAGCUAAUGGAUCAGCAAGAUACACAAAAGAAGGCUAUAAUAGCAUGAUCCAUUCAGUAACAUUCUUAGCCGAUGACAAACUGAUAGCAAUUGGAUUAUCGAAUGGAACAGUUGAAACCUUAGAUGCAGCCAAUGGAUCAUUCAAAUACAGACUUGAGAGCCGCUGGGGUACACUACCAGCAUUAUCUACCGAUAGCAAGCUGAUGGCAACCUCACCAAGAUAUGAUGCAAUUGAAAUCCGUGACGCAGCCAACGGAUUGAUAAAAUAUACACUCAAGGACCCCUACGACUUAUUUAAUUCAGUGGCAUUCUCGGCCGAUAACAAGCUUAUAGCAUCUGCAUCACGCAAUAAAACAGUUAAAAUCUGGGAUAUAAAAGAGGGAAAAGUCAAGAAAACUAUCCACACUGAUGAAAAUUAUAAGCAUCUAUCAUUCUCCAGCAUCAACUUACUGAUGCUCCAAGAGCCGGGGCAUAUUGUGAUAAACAUCAAUAAAAUCCCGGAGAACGGAGAAGCCCAAGUUGAGUUUCAAAACAAUAUGAUAACGGAACCUGGCGCCAACGACCUGCCGGAGAUCAAACCCACAUCCCAACACGCAGUCGUACUACAGCCCCACGGCUGUAGUCUGAGUCUAGAGGCGGAAUGGGUGAUGUGGAAUGGACAAAAAGUGGUCUGGCUUCCUCCUGAUUGCCGUCCAAAUCCUGACGGAGAGAAGUGUUAUACCAUAUCAGCCUCAGGGGAAAUGAUUGCCAUUGGUUCUUCGUCAGGCAGAUUAUGUCUCAUGGGCGGUUUCAAGAUAAGGAGAGCUCAGUGCUAA